ACCCAGACGCAGAGCCUUGCCCUCCUCCUUGGGCUGUUCCCGGCCGCCUCACCGACGAUAAGAAAAGCAAACACUGAUUUGAGAGAGUUGCUCUCUUAAAAAGUCUGACGAGUCCAGGACGCAGGGCUCUGCUGUCUGUCUCUUAGGAGAGAAGUUACAGGUACUUCGAGAAAAGUCGCACUAGUGUCUGCGUUUGCGGCUGAAAACCCGCACGUGAAUGUUCUCCUAAAUUACCUUGCUUAUAUUUACAAAUAUGAGUAAUAAGCAGCGUAGAAGUCUCUUCAAAACUGUUUUCCACAUCGGGCGGCACAGAAUCAUCUUCAAAUCACAUCAGGGAUUCACUGCCCUCUUGAGAAGUGCAAAAGACCUUACCUGAUUUAACUCUACAGACCUCAUGCAUUUUUUUUUUAAUUUGAAUUCAUUAAAAUGGCUUUGUUUUGAGACAGUAUGCACUUCAGAAAACUAGAGACCUGAAGGGGGUGACAAACUAGGACUUGGAAUCACUGAAUAGGACAAUCGGAGCUUUAUUCCUGUGUUCUUUGAGCUGCUUCUACUGAGAAGUACUCACGUGGAUAUCACAUAAAGAUGUGAUUAAUGAUGGAAAAGCACCCUGCGAGUGGACUGCUCCAUGAGCCAGAAUUUAUGUGUAGAAAUAAUCUAACUCUUAAAACAUUCCAUCUGCAAUGUACUGUACUGGGACACCAGCCCCUAAAGCACUGUUCGCUGUGAAAUAGCCACGUGGACACUGCCUAAGUGUGGACUUUUUUUUUUUUAAUUGGCAAAAGAACUGAGAAGCAGGUUUGGGGUGAGUUAGAAAGAUAAUACAGCCCUGUUGCUACUUUUCUGCCUUUAAAUCCUGCAACUAAAAGGCAUUCGUUAUGAUUGGUAAUCAUUUAAGGUUAGCAUUAUGGGGUCAGCCUCUGGGAAUUUCUGACCCAGUUUUUAGGGAAGGAAAAGGAGCCCAUUUGGAGAUGGGAGACGCACUUCUGGCAGUAAGUGAAGCCUGAAGGCCUCAGAUGCAGAACCAACUUGCAGCCUGUGCCUUUGACCUCUUGACUUCUGCUGAGGGGAAGCGAUCUCUCCCGCUGCUCCCUGUCCUCUGGCGGCCAGAACAUGUUACUGCAGCCUUAUUGGGAUUGCUUGUGCUUGAAAUGGGGAAGAUUAAAGCGAAAAUUGGAACAGGUGGUUGGAGGCAAAGUAAAGAAGCCUGGUAAGCGUGGUCGGAAGCCAGCCAAAAUUGACUUGAAAGCAAAACUUGAGAGGAGCCGGCAGAGUGCAAGAGAAUGCCGGGCCAGAAAAAAGCUGAGAUAUCAGUAUUUGGAGGAGUUGGUAUCCAGUCGAGAAAGAGCUAUAUGUGCCCUCAGAGAGGAACUGGAAAUGUACAAGCAGUGGUGUAUGGCAAUGGACCAAGGAAAAAUCCCUUCUGAAAUAAGGGCACUACUCACUGGAGAAGAGCAGAGCAAAUCUCAGCAGAACUCAAGCAGGCAUACCAAGGCUGUGAAGACAGAGCCUAAUAGCAAUUCCUGGUGAAGCUCACAUAAAACAAUGAAUCAGUGAUUGAAGCCAAUAUCCUGAUUCCCAUGGAGGACGGACGGAUGGGCAAGAGCGUACUUCUUGGCUCCAUUUACUACCUACUGCUCAGUAGUCAUCUCUGUAAAUCCACAAUUUCUACCAAAAUGUUUGAUCAUAGGUCUCAAAGGAUCUUGCUUUAACUUUCAACACUUAGAAAUUUAUAAACAUUCAGGCUUGUUUUGGUUGGGAUUGCCACCCAUGACAUUUAACAUGUUGUGAUGCUUGAAAACACGAGUAGAGAAAAAUGGGUGAAGAUUAUAUUUUUGCACCUUAGCUCCACAUUGCUUUAUUGGUUAAUUUAUAUUCUUUCCAUGUAAUUCAUGUAAUUAUAUGUGUAAAUGUGUUUAGGUGUCACCUCCUUUCCUGUUUUUGAUUGCCCUACAAAGAGAAACCAAACGAGCUGAUUACUGACUAGAAGUUGUCAGCCUUUAUGGACCUAAUCAUAUAUCUUUAUAUUUACUUGAGCAACAUUUAUUUUCUGCAUGAACUAUGAUUUCUCCUGUGAGCCAUUCCAGCAUAAGCUGUGAAUAUGUAUUAACAAAUAUAUACAUUUCUAUUUUUAUAAUCCUUAAUGACAUGCCUGUUAUAAAUAAUAUAUGUUAACAAAAUCUAUCAGGAAAACCCUCAAGACAGCCUCUAUUUAAAAUUUUUUUGUUUUGUUUUGUUUUUUUUGCUGUCUUCAACUAUAUUUAUAAAAGUUUGCUAGGGCCAAAUCCAUACUUGGAGAGUAAUUUGUCAGAUUUUAUUUUUAAAUGAGAAGUAACCUUUCAGGCAUUUCAGCAGCAUACAUUCGCUUGACAACCUAGAGUAUGUAUGUAUGUGUUUCUAUUGUAUGUCUAUACAUGUGUGUGGGGGAGGAUAGAAGUAAAUGUUCGCACAUAUUUUCCUGCGUACUCAAGUAAAUCGGAGGAUUUUUCUGAAGAAAAUACGAUGAAA